AUGGAGAGAGCUAACCAAACCUGCAGUGUCUCUGAGUUCACCCUCCUGGGACUCUCCUCCCAGCCCGAGAACCAGAAGCCACUCUUUGCCCUAUUCUUCGUCAUGUACAUGGUCACCAUGGUGGGAAAUUUUCUUAUCAUCCUGGCCAUCCACUCUGACACUCAGCUCCAGACACCCAUGUAUUUUUUCCUUAGCAUUUUCUUUAUUGAUGUUUGCUACACAACAACCAUCGUUCCCAAGUUGCUGGUGAACUUUCUGUCAAAGAAGAAGUCCAUCUCCUAUGCUGAGUGUAUGACCCAGAUGUAUUUCUUCUUUGCUUUUGCCAACACAGAAAUUUACCUCCUGGCAGCCAUGGCCAUUGACCGCUGUGUGGCCAUCUGUGACCCCUUCCACUAUGUCACUACCAUGAGCUACUGCCCUUGUGUCCUACUGGUGGCCUUCUCCUGCUCCAUGUCUCACCUCCUCCUCUUACUGGUUCUCCUGAUAAAUCGUCUUCUCUUUCGUGACUCCAGUAUUAUCCACCACAUCCUCUGUGACAUCAACCUUCUGCUGAAAUUAUCCUGCUCCUCUACAUUUGUCAAUGAAAUUGUAAUUAACACAGAAGGACUGAUAACCUUGGUGACCCCCUUUAUAUGCGUUAUCAUCUCUUACCUACGAAUCUUCACUGCUGUUCUUAAGAUCCCCUCAGCUGCUGGGAAACAUAAAGAUUUCUCUACCUGUGGCUCCCACCUCGCCAUGGUGACUCUCUUUUAUGGAAGCAUUAUUUAUGUUUAUUUCCGACCCCUGUCCUCCUACACCAUCAAGGACCAAGUGGCAAUAGUCAUCUACACAGUUCUGUUCUCCAUACUGAACCCUUUUUUCUACAGCCUGAAGAACAAAGACAUGAAGAGGGAACUGAGGAAGCUGAUGAGCAGGAGGGUGUCCUAG